AUGGCUUCGUCUUCUACGUCUACGGCCAUUGGCUGCGGCGGAACUGCAGCUGAAUUGAGAAAUCACAACCGCCGCCGUCUCGUGGCGGGACUCCGUUCAAUUCAGAUGGCGCGUUUUAGUUCCGAUGUCUCCGAUCGGAGGUUGCGGCAGCUGGGGACCGCGGCGGCGGAACGAGGAAGAGGAAGCGGUGGAGAGAGGGGGAUUGUGGCGGAGAAGCUGGACGAGUGGAUGAGGGAUUCGGUGACGGAAAUCGUGAAGAACCUGACGGAAGCGCCGCUGCUGGUCCAGGUGUACUCCGACGAGAAGGGGAGGAAGCUGGAGACGGAGAAGGCCGUGGAGGAAGGGGAUUGGAAGAGGCUGAUCGAGAAGUGGAAGAAGCGGGAUUCGCCGUUGCCGGAGGGGGUGAUUUUCGUCGAGCAGCUCCACGACGGCGGCGAGGAGGCAACGAAGGCGUGGGGGAUCGUGGUCCAAGGGAAAGGGGCGGAGUGUGGGCCGGUCUGCUACCUGCUGAAGACGAGCCGGGUCGGGUCGUCGGGUUUGGGCCUGUGCUGCACCCACUUCUGCCUGAUGCGGGUCAAGGGUUUCAGGGAGAGUGCCAAGUCACAGCUCAAGAAUUGUUGGCUGUUGCAGGCCCAGUAUGAUCGCGUGUUCUGA